GAGCUGGAGUUCGGAGAGAUGGCUGUGAUCACCGCGCUGCACGCGCUGCUGCUGCCCCUCCUCACCGCCCGCGCAGUUAUAGGAUUUGGAAUAGACCCAGAUUUGGAAAUCGACAUCAUCGCUGAACUGGACUUGGCAAAUGCCACUCAUGGACUAAGACAGACCACCGGCCUGCACAACAACAGCAAAGCCUUCGCGUUUCGAGAUGCACAGAGAGCUAUCCACGCUCCAUCACGGGUUACCGACCGAGUGCUGGAGCUGUUCAGGAGCAAGAGCGAGUUCACCUUCGUGGCCUCCAUCCAGCAGAAAGCGUCCACCUCCGGAGUGCUCUUCUCCAUCCACGAGGCCGAGCACAGUUAUUUUGAGCUGGAGAGCAGCGGCCUUCGGGAGGAAAUCCGCUACCAUUACCGCCACAACGGAAAACCGCGCUCAGAGACCUUCCCGUACAGACUGGCCGACGGUCAGUGGCACAAAAUCGCCCUGACCAUCAGCGCCUCUCACCUGCUGCUCCAUGUGGACUGUAACAGGAUAUAUGAGAGAGUGAUAGACCCUCCUCAGAUGGACUUGACUGCAGGCAGUGGGGUUUGGCUCGGGCAGCACAGUCACAGGCAUGGCCUCUUUAAGGGCAUCAUGCAAGAUGUCAAAUUUGUUUUCGCACCGAAUGGUUACAUCAUGCAGUGUCCCAACCUCAAUCGCACUUGCCCGACCUGCAGUGAUUUCCUCAGCCUGGUGCAGGGCAUCAUGGACCUGCAGGAGCUUCUGGCCAAAAUGACCUUAAAGUUGAACUAUGCAGAGUCCAGGCUGAGUCAGUUGGAGGGGUGUCACUGUGAGCGGACCUGCAGCGUGAACACCGUGGUUUAUCGUGAUAAAGAGAUCUGGACGGAACCAGAGAACUGCAGAACCUGCUCCUGCAUGAACGGAGUGGUUGAGUGUCGGAGAAUAUUCUGUCCACCUGCCAACUGUUCUGAGGAGUUCCUGCCUGUGCAUGUGGAGGGGAUGUGCUGUAAGAAGUGCAGACCUAAAUGCUCCUACCUGGACCGGACGCUCUCGGAAGGUCAGCGCACUCUGCUGCAGGGCUGCAAAGAAUGCAAGAAUGGUCUGAUGGUUCCAGUGACAGAAAGCUGCCCAAGUCUUAACUGCUCAGUGAAGGAGCAGAUUUUGCCGGAGAACAGGUGUUGCAACGUCUGCAGAGGUCAUGAUUUCUGUGCGGAGGGAAUGAUCUGUGGAGAAAACUCUGUUUGCAAAAACUGGAAUAACAAGGCGGAGUGCGAGUGCAAGAGCGGGUACGCAUCGAUCCACGGGGACUCCACGUACUGCGAAGAUAUAGAUGAGUGUUCCACACAGAUGCAUUACUGCCAGACCAACACAGUGUGUGUGAACCUGCCGGGUGGGCAUCGCUGUGACUGCCUGCCAGGAUUCACCAGAGUGGAUGACUUCUCUUGCACAGAGCAUGAUGAGUGUGCCGGUGGGCAGAGCCUGUGUGAUGAAAGCGCCAUCUGCACCAACACCAUCCACGGACACCUGUGCACCUGCAAACCAGGUUACCUGGGUAACGGCACCAUCUGCAGAGCGUUCUGUGAGGAGGGCUGUCGCAGUGGGGGGACGUGUGUAUCCCCCAACACCUGUGUGUGUCCAUCAGGCUUUACAGGACGUCUCUGUGAGACAGACAUUGAUGAGUGUGCUGAAGGUUUGAUUCAGUGCCAUAACAGCUCACGCUGUGUGAACCUGCCCGGCUGGUACCACUGCCAGUGUCGCAGCGGUUUCCACGACAACGGAUCUUACCUGCUCGAUGGGAGCUCGUGUGUGGAUGUAGAUGAGUGUGCGACACAGACACACACAUGCUGGAAUGACUCUGUGUGUGUGAACCUGCUGGGAGCGUUUGACUGUGUGUGCAUCGCCGGCCCAGAAUGCACUGGGGACUGUGUUCAGGAUGACGGUCUGAAACAUAACGGGCAGGAGUGGAACCUUAACCAGGAUACCUGCUCAGUCUGCACCUGCAAGGAUGGACGGGUGUUCUGCAGGAGGAGAGAGUGUGAGUGUGAUGACCCAGCGGUGGAUCUGCUCUGUUGUCCGGAGUGUGACUCGCGUCAGAGCAGCCAGUGUUUACACCAGAGUGGACACACACUGUACCGCAGCGGAGACUCCUGGGUUUAUAACUGCCAGCAGUGCAGAUGCCUGGAGGGUGAGGUGGACUGCUGGCCCUUGUCGUGUCCGGUGUUGCCGUGUGAGUACACGGCGGUGUUGGACGGAGAGUGCUGCCCCCGCUGUGUUUCUGACCCCUGCCUGGCCGAUAACUUUGCCUUUGACAUUAGGCAGACGUGCCGUGACCCAAUGGGCAUCACCCGCCUGAGCGGCGCUGUCUGGACCACGCCUGCUGCCCCCUGCACCACCUGCACAUGCAAGAACGGCAGCAUCUGCUGCUCAGUGGAGCUGGACUGCCUCCAGAACAACUAGCCAGCAUUUCCUCCUCUUUUUUUGUUUUAUUUUUUAUUGGAUCUCUUCGUACCUCCUGGACUCUACGGAUUAUCAGAAGCCUCGGGAGAAUUAUUUAAUUUUUUCUCCCCUCCAAUCCCACUCUUAGCUCCAAGAUUACCCCAAAUCCCUCCUUAUCCGCAUUGUUUUUUUUUUUUGUUGCGUUUUUGUUUUUUCCUCCCAUUUUGAACCGUUUCUUUUGAAGCACAUGGGGACAGACUUUUGCCAAAGGCUUUGCGGGAGCAGAGGCAGUGGCCUUUGAACUAAAUCACUAAGACUGAAGAGAAAUCUUAUUAUGCCAGGAGUCCCACAGGCAUCCACGCCACUCUCCACGUCUGUGUGUGUGUGUGUGUGUGUGUGUGUGUGUGUGUGUUGUGUCCUAAAAUCAGGGACAUGGCUCUCUGCACAAGCCGAGCAGCACUGUUGGACUGUGAACUGUCAGUGAGAUUUGUACAAUAGCCAUCGUCUCGUCCAAAACAAAGCAGUAUGUUUUUCACUU